AGACAGACGUCCGAGCCCGGGGCCCGUCCUCCCCCCACCCCGAGGCCUCUGCCCACCCCAGCUCGCUCCACCCUCUCACCUGCCGGUCCUCGACGGCUGCGGGAGGCUGCCCAGCCCGCCCCGGAUGGGCAUCGUGGAGCCGGGCUGCGGAGACAUGCUGACGGGCACCGAGCUGUUGCCGGCAAGCGACGAGGGCCGGGCGCCUGGCGCCGACCCGCAGCACCGCUACUUCUACCCAGAGCCAGGCGCGCAGGACGCUGCCGACCGUCGCGGGGGCGCCAGCCUGGGGGCGCCCUAUGCCGGGGGCGCCCUAGUGCCCGCCCCGCCGGGCCGCUUCCUCGGAGCCUACACCUACCCGCCCCGGCCCCAGGUUCCCGGCUUCCCGGGGGCAGGCGAACCCUUCCCGCAGCAGGCGGACGCCGAGGGCUACCCGCCCGGGGAUGGCUACGCCGCCCCAGACCCGCGCGCCGGGCUCUACCCGGGACCGCGCGAGGACUACGCGCUGCCUGCGGGGCUGGAGGUAUCGGGGAAGCUGAGAGUCGCGCUCAACAACCACCUGUUGUGGUCCAAGUUCAAUCAGCACCAGACGGAGAUGAUCAUCACCAAGCAGGGACGGCGGAUGUUCCCAUUCCUGUCAUUUACCGUGGCCGGGCUGGAGCCCACCAGCCACUACAGGAUGUUCGUGGACGUGGUCUUGGUGGACCAGCACCACUGGCGGUAUCAGAGCGGCAAGUGGGUGCAGUGCGGAAAGGCCGAAGGCAGCAUGCCAGGAAACCGGCUGUACGUCCACCCGGAUUCCCCCAACACCGGAGCUCACUGGAUGCGCCAGGAAGUUUCAUUUGGGAAACUAAAGCUCACGAACAACAAGGGGGCCUCCAACAAUAUGACCCAGAUGAUUGUCCUCCAGUCCCUCCAUAAGUACCAGCCCCGGCUGCACAUUGUCGAGGUGAAUGACGGCGAGCCGGAGGCGGCCUGCAACGCUUCCAACACGCAUAUCUUCACCUUCCAAGAAACCCAGUUCAUCGCAGUGACUGCCUAUCAGAACGCUGAAAUUACUCAGCUGAAAAUUGAUAACAACCCCUUUGCCAAAGGAUUCCGGGAGAACUUUGAGUCCGUGUAUGCAUCUGUUGACACCAGCGUCCCCUCCCCGCCAGGACCCAACUGUCAACUGCUUGGAGGAGACCACUACUCUCCUCUCCUACCCAACCAGUAUCCGGUUCCCAGCCGUUUCUACCCCGACCUUCCAGGCCAGGCCAAGGAUGUGGUGCCACAGCCCUACUGGCUGGGGGCUCCCCGGGACCACAGCUAUGAGGCUGAGUUUCGAGCAGUCAGCAUGAAACCUGCAUUCCUGCCCUCCGGCCCUGGCCCUGCCAUGUCCUACUACCGAGGUCAGGAGGUCCUGGCACCAGGAGCUGGGUGGCCUGUGGCUCCCCAGUACCCUCCCAAGAUGGGCCCAGCCAGCUGGUUCCGCCCCAUGCGGACUCUUCCCAUGGAACCGGGCCCUGGAGUCUUGGAGGGGCGGGGGCCGGAGGACCAGGGCUCGCCCUCGUUGUGGACUGAGAUUACCCCCAUCCGGCCAGAGUCCAGUGACUCAGGACUGGGUGAAGGAGACUCUAAGCGGAGGCGCGUGUCCCCCUAUCCUUCCAGUGGCGACAGCUCCUCCCCUGCUGGGGCCCCUUCUCCUUUCGAUAAGGAAGCUGAAGGUCAGUUUUAUAACUACUUUCCCAACUGAGCAGACAGCCUGGUGAAGAGAACAGAAACAGCAUUACUAGGCCGGAGGACACCGGCGAACUUAGAAGCCCCUGGCUCCCUCCGUCCCUUCUCCGUGUGGUAGUUGCCUGGGGAAGAGGUGGGCCAAGAAGGAUCCUGGGUGCAUUUGCUGCUUCCUGGCCCUGCCCAGACUACAGCCAUUCACCUGGUGCUGCUCCUGGCUGUUGGCACCCAGCCAGCGAAGAACAGAACAGACAGGAAGGUCUUGGACACAAAGGGGCUUCUUGGCUUCCCCGGGGGUGGGUGGGGUCAGGCGGGGAAGGCUGGGGACUGGAGCCUCAGCUCUGCUUUUGCAGAGUAACUGUCAGCGUUUCGGCGUGCAUGUGUGUUCAUCCGUCAUCUGAAAAGAAACACACAUGGAUUUCAUCACAGUCAGCCGACCAGGACCAGGGAGAGGCCCCGGGUGACUUUGGGCAGCUGGCCUGAGUGCCACCUGCUCAGAGACAGUGAGUGGGGCUCAGAGGAAGGGCUGGGAAGAGGGUUGAGGCGGGUCUCAAAAAGCGAGGUCUCGUUUGUGGUGGUUGUGUGUGCGCGCUUUUUUGUUUUUCUUUUUUAUUAUUAUUAUUUUUGAACGGGGGUGGCUAUUUAUUGUAUAGGGAGUGGUGUCUGAUGUAUUUCUUUUGUCUUCAUCACUUUCUGAAAAUAAACCUGAG